AUGCCUAUCAUCACACUCACAAGCGUGGCCGAGUUUAUGGACAAGGUCCUUGGAUCGGAGGAACCUGCCAUCGUGGACUGUUUCGCAGAAUGGUGUGGGCCAUGCAAGGCGAUCGCGCCCAAGGUCGAGCAGUGGAGUGAGGAAUACCCGCAAGUCAAGUUCUACAAAGUCGACGUGGACCAGGUUCCCGAUCUCUCGGCUGAACUCGGCGUGAGAGCUAUGCCUACUUUCAUGCUGUUCAAGGGUGGCCAGAAAAUUACGGAGGUUGUGGGUGCUUCUCCUCGUGCCAUUGAGCAGGGAAUCCAGUCUCUUCUCUGA